AUGACUUCCACAACACAACCGAAGUGGACGCGACUACCGAUACGCACGCGACCUCAUCGUAACCCACUCGCAGAAAAUAGUGAUAACCAUCCGGAUUGCCCAGCAGAACUUCAGGAACAAUGCACCACGCUUUUCCCGGGAAUGGACAACCCGGUGAUUACUCUCGUUGAUGUCGGUUGUGCCUUUGGUGGAAUGCUCUUUUCACUCGCACCGGAUUUCCCUGACAUGUGUAUGUUGGGGCUUGAGAUACGUCCAAAGGUUGUGGAGUUUGCGCAGAAUAAAGUAAUGAAACUGCGCGAGGGGGCGGCAACCGAUGGCACUUCGCACCACUACCGUAAUGUGUGGUUUGAACAACUCAAUGUUAUGAAGUUUGGAUCGAACUGCUUCAACAAGGGGCAACUUCAGGCCCUUUUCUUCUGCUACCCGGACCCACACUGGAAACGGAAGAACGUCCGCCGGCGCAUUAUUUCCCCUGGGCUUGUGCAAGAAUAUGCCUAUUGGCUGAAAGUUGGCGGUUUUCUCUUUACAGUGUCAGAUGUUGAGGAGUUGGAGCGAUGGAUGGUCACAUGCCUUGACGGCUGCCCACUGUUUCGGCAGCUGAGCCAAGAAGAGCUGGCGGGAAAUGAAAUGGUCCGAAAGAUGUUGGACUACGCUGCGAACAGCAGUGAAGACGCCCAAAGAACAACAAGGAAGGGUCUCCAGAAACAUUAUGCGGUGCACGUGCGGGUGCCAUAA